AGCAAGUGUUAUCUUCUUAAAAACCACCAUGGAAUCUCACAUGGGAGAUGGAGUAGGCAGUUCGAGAUCUGCCAAAAAUAUAAAUAACUCUUCUAGUUCAGUUGAUUGGUUGAACAGGGAUAUGCGUGAGAUGAGAAUAAGGGACAAGACAGAGUCUGUUGAGGACAGUGAACCAGAUAUCAUUGAUGGGGCUGGUGCAGAAACUGGCCAUGUGAUUAGAACCACACUCCGUGGACGAAAUGGUCAAUCAAGACAGACAGUCAGUUACAUAGCAGAACACGUUGUUGGAACUGGCUCCUUCGGAAUGGUUUUUCAAGCUAAAUGCAGAGAAACUGGGGAGGUUGUUGCCAUCAAAAAGGUUCUACAAGACAAGCGCUACAAGAACAGGGAAUUACAGAUUAUGCAGAUGCUAGACCAUCCGAAUGUCGUUUGUUUAAAGCAUAGCUUCUAUUCAAGAACAGAAAAUGAAGAGGUUUAUCUAAAUCUUGUCCUUGAAUUUGUUCCUGAGACUGUCAAUCGUACUGCAAGAAGUUACAGUAGAAUGAACCAGCUGAUGCCAUUGAUCUGGUUUCUUGUGGUUCAUUCCAGAGUUGAUAGAUUUGCAGGGGACUUGCUUACCUUCAUAAUUGCUGUGUGUCGUCCUCCACAGGUGAAAGGAGAACCCAAUAUUUCUUACAUUUGUUCAAGAUACUAUCGUGCCCCAGAGCUCAUUUUUGGAGCCACCGAAUACACAACUGCGAUAGAUAUAUGGUCCACAGGUUGUGUGAUGGCUGAACUGCUUCUUGGACAGCCUCUGUUUCCUGGCGAAAGUGGAGUCGAUCAACUUGUUGAAAUCAUUAAGGUUUUGGGUACACCAACAAGGGAGGAGAUCAAGUGCAUGAAUCCAAACUACACAGAAUUUAAAUUUCCCCAAAUAAAACCUCACCCUUGGCACAAGGUAUUCCAAAAACGCUUGCCACCUGAAGCAGUAGAUCUUCUUUGUAGGUUCUUCCAGUAUUCUCCUAAUUUGAGAUGCACAGCGGUGGAAGCUUGUAUCCACCCUUUCUUUGAUGAGCUAAGAGACCCAAACGCUCGUCUGCCAAAUGGUCGGCCACUUCCUCCACUUUUUAAUUUUAAACCGCAAGAACUCUCUGGCAUCCCUCCUGAAACCAUGGACCGGCUUGUCCCAGAAAAUGCCCGUAAACAGAACCACUUCAUGGCAUUGCACUCGUAAGACUCUUCUUUGGAUAUCCGUCUUUGUAAACAGAAAUCACUGGAAAGAGAAACAAUGACUUUGUAUUAAGGUGCUUGCCCAUCCUUUGCCGUGUCGAAGUGGACAUUGAUG